AUGGGGCGUUUCAGCGACACUAGGGUUUCUGCUUCUACCCUGGAGAACAGCGCAGAAGCCGACAAGCAAACCCUAAAUGCUUUGCUGCGAAUGACCAUCGAUGCACAGCCUAAUGGGCGUCAGGCGAAGAUAGUUCAACGCGAUUUACCAGACCUGGCUCCCGUGGCAGCGAGAGCCCCUAGGGUUUGCGAAGCUGCUGCUGCUGCUGCUGCUGCUGCUGCUGCCGCAAAAUUUAAAAUAACAAAUUUGCUGUCAGAUUGUCUUGGGACACAAACCCUAGAGCAAACGGAGCCGCCUCACGUGCAGCAGCUCAAAAGCCUGGAGCUGGAGGCGAACAAAACCACAAUUGCUGCGAUGGAAAAUAAAUUAAAAGAAGCGAAUGAAAAAAUAAAAGAAACAAAAGAAGAAUUAAAAGAAACUCAACUCAAAGUUCAAAACAUGGAACAGGCCCUCGUCGCUAAGACAAAACAGUACUGCGAAAUGUCUGCAAAAUAUGAAGCAGAGAAAGGAGAGUCGCAGCUGACUCGCCCGCCAACUCGGAGGCAGAAAUCCUUUGAAAUGGAAACAGAUGAAGGAACUCUUGCUGAAGCUCUUAUUCGUCUUGAGAAACUGGCGUGGACUUGCGAAUACCUAGGCGUGAGGGUUUAG